AGCCAAGUCUGCCACUUGCUAGUCGCUUUCACAGCAGCAGAUUCGCACGUGUGUAACAGUCCGCAAUGUAUUAAUUUUCAUUCUUAUUCAAGCCUUCUGUGAUACAUAUUUAGUUAGUUAUCUUCUAUUAUUUAAUUAUUGAUCAGCUCUACUUGUAAAUAAGAAACCAUGUCUGAAACAAUGGAAGUUUCCACUCAAAAUAUUGAAAAAAGUCUCCAAGAAGUUCCUAACAUCGUCAAAAUGUUGAAUGAGUUCAGUGUGUCUACAACAGAGUCCAGUAUUGUUAAUGGUGAAGCAGUACCUCUCGAUGACAAUGCCAAGUAUUGUUUUCGGUGCCAGAAGGAAAUGGAUGGUUUAACAACUUACCGUCCAGAAGAGAUGACUUCAAAAGAUUACUAUUUUGAUUCCUAUGCACAUUUUGGGAUUCAUGAAGAAAUGCUAAAAGAUGAAGUACGGACUUUGACGUACAGGAAUGCCAUGUACCACAACAAGCAUCUAUUUCGUGGCAAAACUGUCUUGGAUAUUGGGUGUGGUACUGGUAUUUUGUGCAUGUUUGCUGCUAAAGCUGGAGCAGCUAAAGUUAUUGGUAUUGAGUGUUCAGGAAUAGUGGAACAUGCUGAAAAUAUAACAAAAGAAAAUAAAUUAGACCACAUCAUAACCAUUGUGAAGGGGAAGGUGGAAGAUGUGGAAAUUCCUGUAGAUAAAGUGGAUAUCAUUAUAUCUGAAUGGAUGGGCUACUGUCUUUUCUAUGAAUCCAUGUUGGAUACUGUAUUGUAUGCUCGAGAUAAGUGGCUGAAACCUGAUGGCAUGAUGUUCCCUGAUAGAGCAACAUUGUUUAUUUGUGCCAUUGAAGACAGACAGUACAAGGAUGAAAAAAUUAACUGGUGGGAUAGUGUGUAUGGAUUUAAUAUGAGCUGCAUCCGCAAAGUUGCUAUAUCCGAACCUUUGGUAGAUGUUGUGGAUCCCAAGCAGGUUGUGACCAGUGUUUGCCUUCUCAAAGAAGUGGAUCUAUACACAGUAAAGCCAAGUGAUCUUAAGUUCUCUAGUCCCUUCCACUUGCAAGUGAAGAGAGAUGAUUACAUCCAGGCAUUUGUCACUUUCUUUAAUGUGGAGUUUUCAAAAUGCCACAAAAGAACAGGCUUUUCAACAGCACCGGAAGCUCCAUAUACCCACUGGAAGCAGACUGUGUUCUACUUUGACGACUACCUCACUGUUAGGAAAGGUGAAGAAGUCUAUGGAGUCUUCAGAAUGUGUCCAAAUGAAAAGAACAAGAGGGAUCUUGAUUUUACCAUUGAAAUAGAUUUUAAAGGAGAGCUUUGUGAACUAAAUGACAACUUUGUCUAUCGAAUGCGUUGAUUCUGCUCCUUCUGUCUUCUAUAACAUUAUCAACCACUUGACACUGUUUUCAUUUUAGUAUUAGUCUGUAUGUUCCUAUGAAAUCAAUUCUGUUAACGUUUUAAUUUCUAAAGGGUUUUCUCUUGACUUGAAAAAGCAGCUGUUACUCUAAAGUAUCAAAUAAUGUUUGAUAUGUGUGUAUGUCAAUGAAUUUUAUAUUUUCUUUUGAUUUGGUUGAUUGAAUACAAUUUAAAAAUCUAAAAAAAAAAUUGUAUGUUUUUUAAAUGAAAUUAAUAAUGUUGUAAUUUGUUACAAAAAGGGAAUAUUAUUCUUGUUUAUAAAAUGCGAAUUACAUUUAUGUGUGUGAUGGCAACCACUUAUGCAUUUAUUUAUAUAAGUAGCAAUCACUGCAAUUGCCGUGCUGUCUUGCCCUGUAUUUCAAUUUAAUAAUGUUACAUAUGUGUGGACUGCUGACUGUGACAAAUACGAUAUGCCAAUUUUUAGUGUUAAAAUAAUUUUUUAAAUGUUAUUUGCUAGUAGUUUGAAAAUUAAGCCACUGAAGAUACCCAUGGUCUAUCUGACAGGGAAUUUAGAUUUUAAUCGAGUAUUUAUAAUCUAUCUACAAAUAAGAUACUUCUCAGAAUUGUCAAUUAUAUUAAAAAAUAGCAUGAUUAAAUCUUGAAUAUUGUUUUAUUAUAAAAGGGAUGCUUUUAUUUUAUUUUUUUCAUGUUAUGAUGGCAUAAAAUUUGUGGCAUUUUGUUUUAGGAAAUUCACCUAAUUUCUUUGAAUAUUCAUCUUGAUACAUGACUUUUAAUAUGUUUCAUUAAACAAUUUUAAAAAAUGUU